AGUGGCUGGGCGCUGCAGUGUACAGGGCAGUGGGAGUGUAUGAUGGAGUCCGAGCAGAGACAUCGCGCCUUGUACAAGGGGGCAACGCCACCAUGGAAGGAGACCUACAGAAGGAAGUGCGUGGAAAGAUUGAAGAGCAACCGCUCCAAACUUCUGGAUAAGUUCCGACAAGUGGGGGAGAGAGUGAAUGGAGGCGUUGGAGGGUCCUUCCUGGUGCAGGAGGUGAUGGAAGAAGAAUGGAGAGCCAUGCAGGAAAGCAGUGGGAGCUUUCCCUCUCUAUGGAGGAAGGAGAACAUCUCACAGGCACUGGGCAUUUUACAAGAUCCGGAUGAGUUGGUAACAUUGGAAGAAAUCAGACAGGAACUUCUCUUUGAAGAGCAGGCAAUGGUUGCGGAAAUAGAAAGCAUUCUUCAGUUUGAGGAUGACUGUCUGGAUUCAGUUGUGGGGAUGAGUACGGAAAAUCUCAUUGUGUGCCCUGUCUGUAAUCGGAACUACCUAACCGUAACAAGUUGCUUUGUCUUAUGCCAGUGUGGUGUGUACAUCAAUUGUAAGUCUCAAGGCAUGAACAGUGACAAGCUGCAAUCAUUACUUGAGCUAAACCUGUCUGCACAUGCCAACGGCUGUUCUGAGCAUCCAGCGUUUUCAGUUGUCCUAGAUGCUGAAGGAGUAUCCAAUUUAUUUAUGAGUUGCACUGUGUGCGAUGCAAUGGCAGUCAUAAUCUAGACUGAAAUGUGAAUUCAGGUGGCUUCCACUGAAGAUUAUAGCUGCAAAGUCUAUUUAUUUUGUAUGUAUAGUUUAUCUUUUGUAACUUUUUAAAGACUAAAUAAAAUUGUUUAACUGG